GACGGGCUUUAGCUUGACUCUUUAUCCAUUCCAUACCGGGUAGAAUUGCAGGAAAUCAGGGUUGUAGAUAUUUCUCUCACUAGUGUCCACAAAGACCUCACCUUUGCGGCCGGAAUUCAGAAUCCAGCUUUUCAAGUGUCAAUGGAUCCUCACAGCAAAGAAGUGGUACUAAUCACGGGGUGUUCGGCUGGGGGCAUAGGCCAUGCGCUGGCCCGAGCGUUCGCUGCUAAUAACUGCCACGUCGUGGCCACGAGCAGGUCCCGGAGUUCCAUGUCGGACCUGGAGAAUGACCCCAGGUUCUUCCUGCAAGAACUGGAUGUUCUGUCGGAAGACAGUGUGCGACACGCGCUGUCCAAUGUAAUGGAGAAGUAUGGUCAGAUAGAUGUGCUGGUAAAUAAUGCUGGGGUGCAAUGUGUAGCCCCUCUUGCUGAGAUCCCUCUCUCUGCUCUCCAACACACUUUUAAUACCAAUGUUUAUGGUCCCAUACGGUUGGUUCAAGCUGUUGUCCCUCAUAUGGCAUCCAGGAGAAAGGGAAAGAUCGUUAAUAUUGGAAGCGUAACUGUUAUGGCUCCUGGACCAUGGGCUGGUGCUUAUUCUGCAUCCAAAGCUGCUCUGCAUGCAUUGACCGAUACAUUGAGAUUGGAACUCAGACCUUUUGGAAUCGAUGUCAUCAAUGUUGUCCCGGGAGCUAUCAGGACUAACAUAGCAAUAUCUGCCAUGGCUAACUACAACUGGAUGCCCGAGUGGAAUUUAUACAAACCUUUUGAAGCAGCCAUCCGAGAGAGAGCCCAUCUUUCACAAGGAUUUAAGUCGACCCCUUCAGAUGUGUUUGCAAAGAAGACGGUGGCUGUUGUGCUGAAGAAAAACCCACCGGCCUGGUUCUCCUCUGGCCAGUACUCCACCAUCAUGGCAAUCAUGAAUCAUCUGCCACUAUUUAUUCGAGAUUUUGUUAUUAGGAUAGCAAUGAAAUGUUGAGUUGUACCUUGUGGUUGCUUUCCUGUAUUGAUUUGGUUUCAAGCGCCUGUCAACACCCGCAUGCUGAAAAUGGGCGCACACCCAUGACUGCUCAACGCCGACAUAGUCAGCUUCACACACUUCAGAACUGAAAGAUCCUCCUCAGAAAACUGCAUGACAAAGAAGGAAGAUGAGAAUGUUUGUAAACCAUAUCUUUAGGUUUGUGUUAAAUAGAUUAGUGAAAGCUUGAAAAAAAGUU